AUGGUUACGUUUUCAGCCGUUUAUCCAAACAAAACCACCACCGAACGCAACAAAGUAAAGAACCUUACUUCAUCUCAAAAAGAGACUAAUAAAAGAUCCGGAUUUGUAGGGCUAAACACGACUGACGAACUUGCUUUAGCCGGCAUAUCAUACAAUUCGUAUUGCUGCAUGCAUACAAGGGCUGUAAAGAGCAAAAUCCCCGCUGAUUACUUACCAAUGACCACGGCCUCAACUCGUCAAACACGAAGUAGACGAGACCAAGAUGCCCUUUCUUUCCUAUCGAAUAUCAGUCUUGGAACUAAGACGUCUUCCAACACAACUACAACUAACGCUUCUACUUUUGAGCUAACGCAUCGUCGGAAUGAUAACACCCAUAGUGGCAAAGAAAAUAAAAUUGACAAUGCUAAAGACCAACUUUAUCGAUUGAUAUGCCCGGCAAGCCUGAUAAGCUUAAAGACUUUUCCACACCUUUUUCAAGGUCUAAAGAAAAAUCAUCUUGCAAGGUCCACCAUAGAAGAAGUGAUUGAGAAUAAAAAGUGCAAUUACUUCUUGUUCGAUAUACUAUGA